AUGGCUAAUCAAACUCCUGCCGUUGUCAUGGACAACGGCACUGGCUUCUCCAAGCUUGGUUUCGCCGGAAAUGACUCGCCAUCGUUCGUCUUCCCAACCGCUAUCGCGACCAAAGGAGGAGCAGCGGGCAGCCAUGCGGGUGCUGGGUCGGGACGUCCCUCGGUCGCCAACAAGCCCUCCUUCCUGACCGGCGGGGCCGGACCUGGUGGUCAUUUGAGUGCGAAAAGAGGCACAGAGGAUCUGGACUUCUUCAUUGGCGAUGAGGCCCUUGCCGCCUCGGGAGGACCUGGGUACGGGCUUCACUACCCCAUCCGCCAUGGUCAAAUAGAGGACUGGGACCAUAUGGAGCGAUUCUGGUCAAACUCCAUCUUCAAAUACUUGCGCGUCGAGCCGGAGGACCACUACUUCCUCCUGACCGAGCCCCCCCUGAACCCGCCAGAGAACCGCGAAAACACGGCCGAGAUCUUCUUCGAAUCGUUCAACUGCGCUGGAAUGUAUAUCGCCGUACAGGCUGUGUUGGCCCUUGCCGCUUCGUGGACCUCGGCCAAGGUGACAGACCGCUCGUUGACGGGCACGGUCAUUGAUUCCGGCGACGGUGUCACCCACGUUAUUCCAGUCGCCGAGGGAUACGUCAUUGGCUCGUCCAUCAAGUCGAUUCCCAUUGCCGGUCGCGACAUUACCUACUUUGUGCAGUCGCUGCUCCGUGACCGCGGCGAGCCCGACUCUUCUCUCAGGACCGCCUCUGAGAUCAAGGAGGAGCACUGCUAUGUCUGCCCCGAUAUCGUCAAGGAGUUUGCCAAGUACGACCGCGACAGGAGCCGCUUCGCCAAGCACGUCGUGCGCCACCCGAACGGUCGGGAGGUGUCGGUCGACGUUGGAUACGAGCGCUUCCUCGCGCCUGAAAUCUUUUUCAACCCCGAGAUCUACAGCUCCGACUUCCUCACGCCUCUGCCCAAUGUUGUCGAUAAUGUCAUCCAGCAGUCUCCUAUUGACGUUCGACGAGGCUUAUACAAGAACAUUGUGCUGUCGGGUGGCAGCACGCUCUACAAGGAUUUUGGGCGUCGCCUACAACGAGAUAUCAAGCACUUGGUGGACACGAGGAUCAAGGCGAGUGAGGUCCGCAGCGGAGGAGCGCGCAGCGGUGGUCUAGACGUGCAGGUCAUCACACACAAGCGCCAGCGCCACGGCCCAUGGUUCGGUGGCAGUCUUCUUGGGCAGACACCCGAGUUCCGGUCAUACUGCCAUACCAAGCAAGAGUACCAAGAAUACGGACCAAGCAUUGUACGGAGAUUCGCUCUCCUGGGUGGUCCGGGCGGAUCAUAA